UAAAAUGGCGUGGGAAGUUUUGCGGAAUGAAUUUCAAGGCAAUGAACGCGCAAUAUCCAUCAAACGCCAAAAUUUAUGGCGUGACUUCUACAAUUUGUCGAUGAAGGAGGCUGAAAGUAUCAAGACUUUCAUUCUCGUGCAGCUAAGAUAGUUAACCAAAUUAAAGCAAAUGGUGACACUAUCGAGGAAAAGAAAAUGUGGAGAGAAUUCGCGGCAGUUUGUCUCCAAAAUUUGAGCAUGUCGUGGCAGUCAUUGAAAAGACAAAAGAUUUGUCAAAAUUACCAAUGACUGAGUUGAUGGGGUCACUCAUUGCUCAUGAGUAGAGGAUGAGGCGAUUUACUUAUCAAUAACUACAGGAGCAAGUCUUUCAGUCAAAAGUAAACAUGUCUGAAAGCAAAAUUACAAAGCCGGAGCAGGACCGCAGAGGGGGCAACUUCCAAAGUAGAGGAGGAAAAUUAAAUUUCAAAGGAAGCAACAUGAGAGACCAACAACAAACUACUGAUGGCAAUAGUAGCACAUACUGCAUAAUCUGCAAGAAGUCGGGACACACGACAAGAGACUGCAAGUUCAAAUGCAAGAAGUGCGGAAAUCAGAAUCACUCCCAUAUGGAUUGUUGGUUCCAAAAUAAGAAAGAAGAUGUAGAAGCCAGUUUCACUCAAACAGAGGAAAUCUCUCAGCUAUCACUCUCGUGCCUUAAAGAUGAUAAAACUUACAAAUUCCAUGGAUGGUAGACAGUGGCUGCAGUAGUCAUAUGAUGGGAGAAAAGAGUCCUUCACUGAGAUAGGCGCCAACUACCGCUCUCAAGUAAUGCUUGGAGACGGGACUAUACUGGAAUUCAAUGGAAUUGGCACAGUGGUCGUAAACUCUGAGUCAGGUAACAAUACUCAAAUUCAAGAAGUUCUAUAUGUUCCUGAUUUGAAGCAAAAUCUCCUCAGUGUUGGCCAACUGAUGCUGAAAAAAUUCAAGCUAUUAUUUGAUAACGGCGCAUGUGAGAUCAUUAACAAGAACAAUGGUCUUACUAUCGCCAAAAUACCCAUGUAUUCAAGUAGAAUAUUACCCCUAGCACUUUCAAGAAGUGCAGGUGUAGCAUUGAAAGCCCAAAGGAUGGAUGAUUCCUUCCUCUGACACCUCAAAUAUGGCCAUUUGGACUUCAAAGGCCUAAACCUACUGAAGCAGAAGAGGAUGGUAAAUGGACUACCCAACAUCAACAGAAAUAUCAAGAUAUGCGAAUGAUGUAUUUAUUGAAAAAUGCAUAGCUUGUCUUUCCCGAAGACUUCUUGGAGAGCAAAAGCACCGUUGGAGCUAGUUCAUGCAGAUAUUUGCGGACCAACAUGAACGCCAUCAAUAAGCGGUAAAAGAUACUUCUUGCUGUUUGUUGAUGACUAUACAAGGAUGAUGUGGAUAUUUUUCCUAGAGCUGAAAUCAGAAGCAUUCUUCAAGUUCCUUCAGUUCAAAGCAACAUCUGAAAAAGAACGCAACCGACCAAUCAAGACACUUCGCACAGAUCGUGGGAAAGAAUUCAUCUACAAACCAUUCAUGGAGUACUGCCACAAAAAUGGCAUCAAGAGGCGGCUGACAGUUCGAUACACACCACAGCAAAAUGGUGUGGCAGAGAGGAAGAAUCGUACGAUCGUGGAGAUGGCCAGAAGCAUGCUAAAAGGGAAGAAGCUACCCACCAAGUUUUGGGCGGAAGCUGCCAACACAACUAUCUAUAUCAUCAAAAGAUCGCCAACUAAAGCAGUACGUAACAAGACACCAUAUGAGGCACGACAUCACCAAAAGUCGUAAGUGAAUCAACUAAAAAAAUUUCGGAUGCAUAGCCUAUGCUCGUACCUUUACCCCUAAUCGAGACAAAUUCGAUCAAAAGGGAGAGAAGCUAUAUUCACCGGAUGAUCCGUGGGAUAUCGACUCUAUAAUCUUGUGAAAAAUAAAACGGUGAUCUCGAGAUAUGUUAUCUUCGACGAAAUGUCAGAAUGGAGCUGGGAGCAAGAAACAUCACAAUAUCCA